GGCAGCCUCUGACCACAGUGUGGACAACAGCACAGCCAUGCUUCAGGAGUGGCUGGAAGGAGUUCAACACCUGUACCAUUCGGUGGAGUGGAGAACCAUGGAGCAACCAAGCUCUUAUGCAGAUGAGCAGGGUCCCAAACACUGGCCCGACUCUCGGUUCACUCAUGUGAUGAAGUUAAAGCAGGCAGCACUUAGAGCUGCCCGGCGACUUUGGACAGACUACAUAUUGUUUGUGGACAGUGACAACUUGCUGACAAACCGUCAGGUGCUAUCUGACAUGAUAGCAGAGAAUCUGACAAUUGUGGCGCCCAUGUUGGACUCAAAAGGCCUGUAUUCCAACUUCUGGUGUGGCGUGACUCCUCAGGGCUACUACAGACGCACCCCAGAGUAUAUUCCCAUCCGUAGAUGGAAGCGGCAGGGCUGCUUUGCAGUCCCCAUGGUGCACUCCAUCUACCUGCUGGACCUGAGGCGCAGAGCCAGCCGAGCGUUGGCUUUUCACCCUCCUCACCCCGACUACCCCUACGACGUAGACGACAUCAUGGUCUUCGCUUUCUCUGCAAGGCAAGCAGGAGUUCAGAUGUAUGUGUGCAACAAGGACCAUUAUGGAUAUUUACCAGUGCCCCUUAAACAAGACCAGACACUGGAGGAAGAAGAGGAGAGUUUUACCCACACGCUGACAGAGGCACUCAUUGCGUACACCGUGGAGCCUUCACGCUAUGUGCACACUUUGUCUAAAGAACCAGGGAAGAUGGGAUUUGAUGAGAUCUUUCUGAUCAAUCUGAAGCGCCGCUCAGAUCGGCGGGACAGGAUGUUGAGUACUUUGGCUGUCCUCGGUAUCAACACUACACUGUCAGAAGCCGUGGAUGGCAAAACCUUGAACUCCUCUCAGCUGCAGUCCAUGGGUAUAGACAUGCUGCCUGGGUACAAAGACCCAUAUUCAGACCGCGUGCUGACCAGAGGGGAGAUUGGCUGCUUUCUCAGCCACUACAACAUCUGGAAACAGGUGGUGCAGCAGGAACUGCAGCAGGUGCUUGUGCUGGAGGACGAUGUAAGAUUUGAGCCCAGAUUUUGCAGCAGGCUGGUGACUAUUAUGGAAAAUGUACAGAGAGUGGGACUUGAAUGGGAUCUCAUUUAUUUAGGCCGUAAGCGGCUGCAGGUGAAGGAGCCAGAGCACUGGGUGAAGGGAGUCAGUAACCUUGUGCACCCAGGAUACUCCUACUGGACUUUGGGUUACGUCGUGUCACUGAAUGGGGCCAAGAAGCUCCUGCUGGCAAAACCCCUGAGCAAAAUGCUGCCAGUGGACGAGUUCCUACCGAUCAUGUUCAACAAGCACCCCAAAGACGAGUACAUGCUGUAUUUCGAGCAGAGGGACCUGAGAGCAUUUUCCGUGGAGCCUCUGCUGCUCUUCCCCACGCACUACACCGGCGAGCCCGGCUACGUCAGCGACACGGAGACCUCUACCAUCUGGGACGACGAGGCCGUGGAGACAGACUGGGACAGAAACGGAGACAAACACCGACGUGAACAGGAAACUGAUGAUGUAGGGCUUCGACCUGUGUCUCAUUCUGCUCACGGUGGCGGGCCUCCUCUCUCUGCUAGUGAAAACAGAGAUGAACUCUGAGAGGGACAGAGCUGCUGGGCCCCUAAAAAAUCUGUUCUUCCCCCUACAGUUCAGUUUGUGUUCAUGUUGAUCAUGAGUUUUGUCAAACUAAGACAAAACUCACGCUACAUGUAAGCAUAAAACUGGAACAAUUAAGGUUAUCAAACCUGCAUUUUAACACAAGGACCCUCUUCAAGACCCACCUUAAAGCCUUAAUCAUUUCAGAUGAUAUUGGGCUUUGGUGGUGUAUUUUUCCAAACACAUUUUUGCCACUUCGCUUUGAUGGUAACCCACAAAAGAAGACCACCUGUCGAGACCAAGACUGGCAAAUAACAGUUUGUCUUUCCAUUUGUUUGUAACAUUUGUUCAGGAUUACUGGAUUUCAAGCAAUAACUGUUUGAAAUUUGAGUAAUAAAAGCCCAGAAAUACACCUGUUUCUUAAAUAGGCCUACGUUUGUGUGGACAUGACAAAAGAUGUUUGCUCAGCUACUAGUUAAAAAAUGAAUUUUCUAAUUUCAACAAGAUAUUUUUCAUGUUAUUAUAGCAUAUUUUCUUGUCAUUACUAUGUUCUAAUAACAUAUGGAGAUUUAAUCUUAUAUAACACACCAAACCUCAUGUUAUAAUGAGAACGUUUUUUUGUUUUAAUCAGAUAAAUUGUUUUAGCAAAAAACAUUUUAGGAUAUUUUGUCUAAAGGCCUGAAAAUUGUUUGAGUAGAAGUAGAAAAUAAACUUUUGUAUUUUGUAUGUAGUAAUAACACAAAGAAAUGUCAUAACAUUGAUACUUUUCACAUUGUAAUAAUUAAACUGGUCAUACAUUUUUGUCAUGGUGGUUGCAAUACACAAAUUUAAUGCAUAAAACUAAAAUUUUGGGAAAGUCAGGAAAAUGGACAAAACCAUAUGGAGAAUUGGAUUAAAAAAUGCAGCCGUGCUACUCAUAUUAACACACCAGUUAAAGUUCAAAAACAGCCGUGCGUUACUGUGUCAAGAUGUCACUUCUGUAAGUGUCAUCAUGGUAUUUACAGCCAGCCAAUGAUUGUGACCUAGA